AUGGAUCCAGCAGGAGCAUCGGUGGCCAACGACAUCGGAGGAGGUGGAGGAGGGGGAGAAGGCGAGAAAUUCGCGGUGGGGAAUAUUUAUUCGGUGAAGGUGAUCACCGGAGAUGAGUUCCGAGGGAUCGUCAUGGCUUACGAUCCCAUUCCCAACUUUGUCUUUUUCGAUAUCCUUGGAUGCUACUCACCUGGGCAUUCGAAGAACACUCGAAUGGUGAAUGCGAAUUUCAUAACCGGGCUUUCGUUUCUGGGGAAAACCGAAGAUCCGCUUGUUACAGGCAAGUGUUCGGUUAAUCUCGACGGACUCCGAGCUAAAGAGGCACUUGCUAUCAGGCAAGCUGAAGCAGAUGCUGAGAGAAUGGGAGUUGGUGUUACCCCAGAGGCGCAGAGCAUCUUCGACGCGUUGUCUAAGACGCUUCCUGUGCAAUGGGAAAACUCAGACAUAUUGGUGAUGAAAGAAGUACGCGUUCGUAGCCCGUACCUAUCAGAUUGUGUCUUUGGAGGCACUGAUGCUGCCAACAACCGAGUCAAGAAAGUGCUUGAGCUGGAGAGACGUAGGUUGCAACUCUUUGGCACAUAA